UGUGGCAGCUGUGGGCUGCGGCUGGUGUGAGCCACAGCCCUGACUGGGGUGGGAGAAGGGGAGCUGGGCCUCUCUGUGCCUUGCUGUGCCUGCCUCCUGCCCAGGGCUGUGCUGCCCUGCGAGAGGCUGGGGAGGAAGGUGGUGCAUGUGUCCGGGGCUAUGCUGCCUUGAGAAGGUGAGUGCCCCACAGCUCCAGGCCCCAGGGAGGGAGGCAGAAGGGAUGUCUGGGGCAGCCUUCCCAGGCAGCACAGAGGGCUGUGCCCAAGCCCCUUCCUAUGGAGGUGAGGAGUAUGAUGUGAAAAGGACAACUGUAGUGGAGCAAACACGGGUGAAGCCAGGGAAGCACUCGGGUUGUUCCCUGGGAUGUAAAUCACUGCAGCCAAGAGGUAGUGGUGGCUGCCUGCUGGGAACAGGUAGCAGAGGGCCCAGGCCGUGUCUGCUGGCAUGUUAUGCAGGAGCGUUGAUCUGCUCUGCACAGGGGUCUGGCCAGGCUGGGCUGAGGCCACUGUAUGAGGUUCAGCCCAGCUCAGUGCCGGGUCCUGCCCGUGGGGCACACCAGCCCCACACAACACGAUGGGCUGGGGGAAGAGCAGCUGGUAAGCUGCCCCACCAUGGAAAGGGCCUGGGGGGGGGCUGGCUGGGCCAGCUGAGCAUGAGCCCCCUGUGUGCCCAGGUGGCCAAGAAGGCCAACAGCAUCCUGGCUUGUGUCACAGCAGGACUGGGGCAGUGACUGUUCCCCUGUGCUGGGCACUGAUCCUGGAUUCAGCUUUGGGCCCCUCACUGCAAGAGGGACGUGGAGGGGCUGGAGCGUGUCCAGAGACAGGCAGCGGGGCUGGGGAAGGGGCUGGAGCACAAGUCUGAUGGGGAGCUGGGGCGGGGGGGGGCAGGUUCAGCCUGGAAGAGACUUGAGGGACAAGGUUGUAGCAAGGUGGGGGUUGGUCUCUUUUUCCCAAGUAACAAGCAACAAGACAAGAGGAAAUGGCCUCAAUUUGUGCCAGGGGAGGUUUAGAUUGGGCAUUAGGAAAAAAUUCUCCACAGAAAGGAUGGCCAAGCACUGGAAUAAGGUGCCCAGGGAGGUGGUGAAAUCACCAUCCCUGGAGGUGUUCAAAAAAUGUGUAGAUGUGGUGCUUGGGGACAUGGUUCAGUGGUGGGCUUGGCAGUGCUGGGUUAAUGGUUGGACUUGAUGUUAAAGGUAGUCUUCAACAUAAAUGAUUCUGUGUAGCCAGGGUCAAGUGCUGCUGCUUCUCAAGUAAUACAAGGUUGCAGAGGUGCCUGGGCUCUUCAGCCUGUGGGAGGUGCUCAAUGGGGGUGCAAUGGAGCGGUGAAAACCCAAGGUAAGACAACAGAAGGCACCACAAUUGUGACAAGAGCUUGUUCUUCAUGUACUGGCAGCACGUUGCUGCAGUGGGUGAUGAGCGUCAAUGGCAGGGCUGGGGCCUGACGGGAGCCAGGGUGCACUGACAACGCUUUGGCUCAGGGAGAGCACCCUUGGGCUCCCCUUUUACCUGCGAGGGCUGGGUGGGCAUCUCCCAUGCCUUGUCCAGCAGCUCCAGCUCCCUGGCUCAACCAGCUGCCUUGGCCACAGGCUCUCUGUCAAGUCAUGCCAUCAAAUGGUGGUGUUUUUUUACCGCAGCAUCUCCUUCCCCAGCACUGAAGCACCAAGCUCAUGCUCCUUGUAGGGUGCCAGGUACAAGGGAACACCCGCUGAGCACCCAGGCUCACUGCGCUGGGCAGCAUGGCACUGAGUGCAGAGGCUCCCCAAGGUGCUCCAGGCUCUGCCCAGAAAUGGCCGUCACUGGGGCUUCUCUGGGGAGAAUCACAGUCUCUGGAAUGUUGAGUGGAGAUGACAGGCCCAAGAAAGGCUCAGUGCUCCAUGCCAGCUGCCCCUAGGAAAGCAAACCUUUGGUGGGGAGCCAGCUUCUCUAGGAAGAAAAGGGGCUCACCAAUGAGAGGGUCACAGGCACCCUCCUCUCCUUCGAGGGUUCCCUCAGGGUCAGGGGCUCUGUGGCCCUGACCUCUCUCUGCCAGGACCCUGCCACAGAGCUGGGGAUGGGACACUGCUCACCAUCUUGGUCCAGGUGUCUCCAGUGCAUUUUCUUGGCACAUCAGCUCCCUUCCCCAGCACCCAGCUUGGUCAUCAGUGAUGCUAGCAAGCAGCUGCUGGGGGGAUGGAGUAGCCACAGGCUUUCAGCCCAUCGUGGGCCUUCUGCUGGGCUGGCAACGACUGUGGGACAGGAGCUGGGCGGAUGUGUGCCCCACAGGGGGAUCCCUGCUACCUUAACCAUCACCCCCUCCUGAGCAGCCAGGUUUGCUUUAAAGACCCUGGCUUCCUUUUAUUGCUUCCCCUCUCAGAUUGCAGCCGGCUGCAAGGGCUAUUUUUAGUAGCCUGCCUUCUAAAAAUAGCCAUAAGCUGUUUGGAGUUGCGUCACCAGAGGUAGCUCUCUCCAUCAGCGGCUUGGCCCCUGCACCCCAGGAAGGGUACAAAAGGAGGCCUGGAGCAGCAGGGUCAGCAGGUUCAGACGAAGCCAGAGGCGAAGAACGAAGCGGUGCACUGCCAGCUUCAGGCAUCCCAGUGCUGGCAGCAUGACCAUCUUCUGCACCCACUGCCACAGGCCGCUACAGGCAGAGAUGAGCUGCCUGCCCAGGAGGGGCAAGCAGGGGCCCGGUCCCUCGAAGCCUUUCAGGUCAACCAAGAGUGCCUCCAAGGCUCGCCGAGACCAGAUCAAUGCAGAGGUGCAGGCGCUGCGCUCCCUGCUGCCCAUCUCAGCACAGGAGAAGGAACGACUCUCCUACCUCCACACCAUGGCCCUUGUGUGCCUCUGGCUGCGGGGGGCUCAGCUGUUCCCUCCAGGUACCCAUGGCACUGCUCUCCCUGUGGGACCAGCCCUCGGUGCGGAGCUGCUCUCACUGCUGCCAGGGUUUCUGCUUGUGCUUUUGGCCAACGGCAAGCUGGCCUACAUCUCAGAGAAUGUGGAUCAGGUCCUGGGCCUCUCUGUGGUGGAGCUGCUUGCCCAGGGGGACAUGGUCUUUGACAUCCUGGAUGGGCGAGUGCACGAGGAGGUGCACAAGAAGCUCCUCCUUGCCCAGGAGGAGCCUGGCAGGGAAGUCACAUUUGUCAGCGAGAUGCGCACAUCCAAGGCCUUCCGGCUGCAGCAUGGGGGAAAUCGGGCUGUAGCAGUGUGUGGGCGCUUCAUGGCCCUGCGCUGGCCAGCCUCCCCCUCCAGCACAGCCUUCCUGGCCCUCUGCACGCCAGUCACACGGUUGCCUGCAGACAGCAAUACCAGUUCCCCGGAUGACCUAUUCCAGAGCACGCACAUCCUAGACAUGACAUUUACCAAUGUCACAGAGAGUGUCACCUACCACCUCGGCUACCACAGGGAGGAACUGAUUGGCCAGUCGUGGUACAGCCUCCUGCACCCUGAGGAUGCUGACCUCGCAGCUGCCCAGCACAGGGCUGUGGCGCAGGGGGCCGAGGCGGGGCCCGCGGUGCUCCGUGUGCUGCGCGCAGACCGCACCUGGGCCUGGCUGCGGGUGGCGGCCCGGCGGGACGGCGGCGGCCGCUUCAUCACCUGCACCAGCCGCUGCCUCAGGAGGGAGGAGGCGGCCUAUCUGCGCGCCCGACACCCGGCCCGCCGCCCCGCGGCGCCCAUCGCCCCGCCGGGACGGGAGCUGAGCCUGCUGGCUGCGCAGCUCCGCGCCCUGGCCGACAGCCUCUCGCCGCCCUCCGCCGCGACGGCCCAGGCCUGUGCCUGGCCCGAAACCGCGGCCUUUCCGCCGGCGCCGCUCCCCGCCGGGCCGCCCCAAUAAACGCUACUUCCGCCCUCGCCCCUGUCUGCGCGUCACUUCCGGUUCCGCGUGCUGCUUCCGUGUCCGGU